AUGCUCUCCCUGCUCUCCCUGGCGCUCGGGCUCAGCCUCCUCACGACCAGCCGUCCGCCGGCACCGCGGGCCGCGGCGCGCCUCGCCGCCUCUUCUGCGCCGUCGUUCAGCCUGCCCUCGCCGAUCGAGACGCUGAAGCGGCUCAGCUCCGCAGAGGCCCGCGAGCUGCAGCGGGAGCUGCUGGAGCUCGCCUUCGAGCAGGACCCGCAGGUCGUCGUCCGGCGCUCGCUCGACCUUGCGCGUGCGGUCCGCGUCGUCGGCUCCGAGACGGUGCAGGGCCUUUCCUCGGCCGCAGCUGCGCCAGAGCCGCCCGUGAUCCUGCGGCGGAUGUGCGAGGAGCUUGGUGCGACGUACGUCAAGCUCGGGCAGUUCAUUGCGUCGUCGCCGACGCUCUUCCCGCCCGAGUACGUGCAGGAGUUCCAAAAAUGCCUCGACGCGACGCCGCCGAUGCCGUGGUCCGACGUCAAGGAGAUCGUCGAGGCGGAGCUCGGCCGUCCCAUCGGCCAGGUCUACGCGUCGGUCGACGAGACGCCUCUGGCUGCCGCGUCGAUAGCGCAGGUGCACGCGGCCAGGCUGCUCAGCGGGGAGGACGUCGUUCUCAAGGUGCAGAAGAAGGGCGUGCAAGGGUCGCUCAAGGCGGACCUCGACCUGCUCUAUGCGAACGCGCGCGUGCUGCAGCUCCUCGGCGCAGCGACCGCACUAGCGGCGCAGCGGACGGAGCAGUUCGCCGAGUUCCUCGCUCGCUCGCCGGAGCUGGACGGCGUCGUCACCGUGCCCAAGGUGUACCGCGCCGCCUCCGCCUCGCGGCUGCUCACGCUCGAGCGCCUCUACGGAGUGCCGCUCAUCGACCUCGAGUCGGUGCGCAAGUACCAGCCGCAGCCUGAGCUGGCGCUCAUCGUCGCGCUAAACACGUGGGUGAGCAGCGUGCUGACCAACGAGUGGUUCCACGCAGACGUGCAUGCCGGCAACCUGCUCGUCCUCACCGACGGCCGAGACUUCCCUGCAGGCCGGGUCGCCUUCAUCGACUUUGGGAUCGUCGGCGCCAUCCCCGCCGCCACCGCGGAGGGGAUGCUCGACUUCGUGCGCUCCUUCCCGGCGGGCGACAUGGCUGGCGUCGGCCGCGCGCUCGAGAAGAUGGGCUUCACCAAGGAGCUCUCGGAAGAGCAGUCCGCCGCCUUCGCAAAGGACAUCGGCGAGGUCAUCGCCUCGAUUGACAGCAUGACCGCCGACAUCGCGACCACCGCGAGCGCGGGCGCCGCCGCGAGCGCCAUCGACGAGACGCAGCUGAACCGCGCGGUCGCUGCCGUCGCGCGCGUCGCCGAGGGGUACGGGAUCCGCUUCCCGCGCGAGUUUGCGCUCCUCAUCAAGCAGGUCCUGUACUUCGACCGGUACACGUCUCUGCUCGCGCCCGGCCUCGACGUGCUCAACGACGAGCGGCUCUCGAUGAACCGGCCGCCGGGCGACGGCGGCGUCUCUAGUGUCGAGGGCGGUAGUGUUGCCGUUGAGGUGCUGCCGCCGGAGGACGAUGCGGAGUGA